AUGAAGAGACGAUUAUCUGAUAUAGCCCCGGUUUCGCCAAGCUUAGAGCCUCCCGGAAAGAGAGUGAGCAACGCCACCUGCUUUGAUAACUUUUUCCUUGGCAUUCCAAAUGUUGCAAAGCUGUCGUUACCGAAAAGGGAAAGAAAGCCGACCAAAAUUGGUCUGAAGGCGCUCGGAGAAGUCACUUAUUAUCCCGGAUGCUCUGAAUUCGCGCACCCAUUGGGCAGCCGGGUUGAGCCAGUAGAAGCCGGAUGGGGACCCACACUAGCCGCAAAUUAUAAGAAGCUUGCCAAUGAGGGACUGGAAAUAGACGAUGAUACACCCCGCUCCGAGCUUUUUUCCAUCGUCGCACAAUAUGGCGAUUUUAUUGGGGUGCCGUCGGACGCAUGGCAACACCGCCUGACUUAUGCUGGGCACGUAAUCAACCACGUCAUCCAGAGUCGAACAAGAAUUUUGCAGAACAAGAAGCUUUUGGAGGAGAAUGAGUCGGAAGAAACUAUAAACGCGUGUCGGGAUCAGGGAUUCGCACGUCCAUGUUCUCUUAUCAUGGUCCCGUUCCGUAAAGAUGCGCAUGAAAUCGUGGAGUUGAUGACGCGAAUAAUUUUUGGAGAUGGCAUUGCUAAAGCGAAUAUCGGGAACAAGAAGCGAUUUGAUGAUGAAUUCGGGGAUACCGGCUACAGGGUCUCGGGCGCGCGCCACGCUGACGAGUCGUUCAAGGAGAUGAUGGCCGGAAAUGUCGAUGAUUGCUUCCGCGUUGGAAUCGCAUUUUCGAAAAAGGAGUUUAAGUUGUAUGCCAAUUUUGCAAAGUCAGAUAUCAUUCUUUGUUCUCCCCUGGGACUGCGCAUGAUGUUGAACGGCGACGCGGGCGAGGAUAGUCACUACCUUUCCUCUAUUCAGAUCGCCGUGGUUGAUAAGUGCCACAUCCUUUAUCAACAAAAUUGGGAGCAUGUGUUGGCGGCGUUUAAUUGGCUCAAUAAAAAGCCGAGCAAAAUCGAGACGGAUAUCCGGCGCGUGCGGCCGCUGUAUUUGGAAGACCAUGCGAAAUACUACUGUCAAACGCUCAUCUUCUCGGAAUACCAACACGAGCAGUUCUCCUCUUUGGCGAUGCGGCAAACGUUCUGUCAUCGAGGCCUCGUCUGGCAUUUCCCAGAUCGACAGGAGCUAAACAAGGUCAACGUGCCGAUCUGUCAAGAGUUUCAUCGCGUCAAGGUGGACAAGGCGGACGACGCCAGCGAGCUCCGAUUCAACUAUUUCAAGGACAAGGUUCUCGGCAAACUCGAGCAGCAUACCCUGGUCUUUGUGCCGUCCUACUUUGAUUUUGUACGCCUUCGUAAUUAUAUGAACACAUCGCUGGAGAGCUUUGUACAGUGUCACGAAUAUGCGCCGGACAACAAGCUCGGCCGUGCUCGCGAUAUGUUCUUCCACGGGCGUAAGAAGUUACUAUUGAUGACCGAGCGACUGCAUUUUUAUAAGCGCUUCCAUAUUCGGGGCGUGAAGAAUAUCGUCUUCUACCAGCUGCCGAGUGAUCCAAGAUUCUAUUCAGACAUUGUCAAUAUGGCAUGUCCGGAGGGUGAACGCCUGAAAUCGAUACUAAUUUACACACCACUCGAUCGUUUCCGAUUGUCGAAUGUUUUCGGGCAGGAGAUGACCAACUCUUGCCUAAAAUCGCCUCAGCAGAUCCAAGCCAUCGUUUCGGAA